ACGGUGCGCCUACAGAGUCGUCUUGUACAGUUCGUCUUGUUCUCCGUGCAGUUUACGUACUACCGACGACGGCACUCGCGAAGAAUGGUGCCUAURCCUACCUAACUAUACCUACCCAUAUGUUCACAUAUCCAAUGGAUUUCCGUGCGGUCUCAAAGAAUACAAACUGUAGCCAACGAUUGUUUAUGCGUUGAACGCAUAACGAGCGUGAAAAAAGGAACCUGCGCGUAGACGCUUCACGRAUUUAUAUAAACGAAGCGAAUUAGGUUUCAAUCUUAUUCGCAAUUGUUAACGUAUUAUUGAACUCACAGUUGGUAUGGUGCUACAGGAAAAAUAUUGGAACAAAAUCGAAGGUGCCUUUUUCACAGUGAUCGCAUUCAUCACGGCCCUUGUAAAACUCGUGUCGAAAUACAUCAUCGGCACUUAUUCGAUCUUCGGAUAUUCGUCCGAUGCUCAACGAAAAAUAUACAAAACUAUUGCGGAUAUCCCAGGACCAAGGUCGUUGCCUGUACUUGGAACAAGAUGGAUCUAUUGGAAAUUCGGUUUGUAUAAACUGAAUGCCGUUCACUUGGCAUACAAAGACAUGUUUAUUCGAUAUGGCGAUAUUAUUUGCGAAGAAGCAUUGUGGAACAUACCAGUUAUAAGUGUCAAAAACAGAGAUUUUAUUGAAAAAGUACUUAGACAAAACGGAAAGUACCCUAUCCGACCACCAAAUGAAGUAACAGCAAACUACAGAAAGUCCCGACCAGAUCGCUACACAAAUACAGGGCUUGUUAACGAACAAGGUGAAGUCUGGGCGAUGUUACGAAAUAAAYUGACACCGGAACUCACUAGUCCCAGGACAAUACGACGUUUCUCGCCAGAAGUUAACCAGCUAGCAGACGAUUUUAAUGACCUGAUUUCCCAAGCGAGAGACGGCAAUAACGUGGUCACAGGAUUCGAGGCGUAUUGUAACAGGAUGGGAUUGGAAAGCACGUGUACGUUGAUUUUGGGCAGGAGGUUUGGAUUUUUGGACGGAGAAGUUAACGAAACGGCUACGCGGCUGGCAGACUCCGUGACCAGUCAGUUCCGCGCGUCGCAGGAAGCGUUCUACGGAYUUCCGCUUUGGAAAUUGAUACCGACCAAGGCGUACAAGGAAUUCGUAGCCAGCGAAGAUGCCUUAUACGAAAUCGUGUCCGAAAUCGUAGAUUCGGCGUUGAUUGACGAACAACAGUCUUGUACGGAUGUACGCAGCGUGUUCGUGUCUAUACUACAGGCCCAAGAGUUGGACAACAGAGACAAGAAAGCAGCGAUUAUCGAUUACAUCGCUGCUGGAAUAAAAACAGUAAUUUAACAUCUCAUACGGCCU